GCUGCUCAGUGUCUGUGACACUGGCUUCGUGUGGGUGCUGUGAGAACAGUCUGCUGCGGCUUUAUAUCUGUCCAGCCGUUCAAAGCUCAGUCUCAACUCAUUCUCACGCUCUGUUGCACCAUGCUGACCCGUCUGUUUCGUAUGCAUGGCCUCCUGGUGGCCUCUCAUCCCUGGGAGGUGAUUGUUGGCACAGUCACCCUCACCAUCUGUGUGAUGUCCAUGAACAUGUUCACGGGCAAUGACCAGAUCUGUGGCUGGAACUUUGACUGCCCCAAAACAGAAGAGCAAAUUCUCAGCAGUGAUAUCAUCAUCCUGACCAUCACACGCUGCAUCGCCAUUGUCUACAUUUACUUUCAGUUCCAGAACUUGAGACAGCUGGGAUCCAAAUACAUCUUAGGCAUUGCUGGCCUUUUCACUAUAUUCUCCAGCUUCGUAUUCAGCACAGUGGUCAUUCACUUUCUUGAUAAAGAGCUCACAGGCCUCAAUGAGGCUUUGCCCUUCUUCCUGCUUCUCAUCGACCUCUCCAAAGCAUGUGCUCUUGCCAAGUUUGCCUUAAGCUCCAGUUCUCAGGACGAAGUGAGGGACAACAUUGCUCGGGGCAUGGCAGUACUGGGACCUACUUUCACUCUGGACGCCCUGGUAGAGUGCUUAGUGAUUGGAGUGGGAACAAUGUCAGGUGUCCGGCAGUUGGAAAUCAUGUGCUGCUUUGGCUGCAUGUCUGUCUUGGCCAACUACUUUGUGUUCAUGACUUUCUUCCCUGCAUGUGUCUCUCUGGUGCUGGAGUUGUCCCGUGAGAGUCAGGAGGGCCAUCCUAUCUGGCAGCUAAGCCACUUCUCCAGAGUGAUGGAGGAGGAGGAUAACAAACCCAACCCUGUAACUCAGAGAGUCAAAAUGAUCAUGUCGCUGGGCCUGGUGAUGGUUCAUGCCCACAGCCGCUGGAUCGCCGAGCCCUUGUCCAUCAACACUACAGUAGGCAUCCCACAGGUCGGCAUGGAGUUGGACCACAUCUCACCCAGGAGGAUUGAGCCAGAGAAGCCACUUUGGCACUUCUACCUCACCAGGAUGAUAACCAUGGAUAUAGAGCAGAUGAUCUGUCUGGCCUUGGCCCUGCUGCUGGCUAUCAAGUACAUCUUCUUUGAGCAGGUUGAGAUGGAGUCUACACUGUCUCUGAAGAACCCCAUCACUAUGUCGGCCCCUGCCCUGACCCUACGACGGCCCACCGAAACUUGCUGCAGGAAGGAACCGCCAGGUCCCCGACCCCCCACCUACAGCAUGAAUGCCCCAGCACCCACCAACAAAGCAGAGAUGUGUCUGGAGUCAGAUGAGGUCAUUCGGCCCCUGUCUACCCCAGCUGCUGAUCACCAGCCAAAGAGCUUCUUUGUCAUGGGAGAUGAAGAGGAAGAGCUCAAGUCUGAGACUGCUCAGCCGAUCCUCCCCCCAAAGCCCAGAGGCCUGGACCAGUGUGUUGCCAUCCUCAACAACCCUGAGCUCGGGCCUCGAUUCUUGAGUGAUGAUGAGGUGAUGCUGCUGGUCAACUCCAAACACAUCCCUACAUACAAACUGGAGGCCACGAUGGAGAGACCAGAGAGAGGAGUGGCCAUACGAAGACAGAUGAUAUCUGCCAAACUUCCCUCUCCUUCUGUGCUCUCCUCCCUGCCAUACACCCACUAUGACUACUCAAAGGUUAUGGGCACCUGUUGUGAGAAUGUGAUUGGCUAUAUGCCUGUACCAGUGGGUGUGGCUGGACCACUACAUCUGGAUGGGAAGCAGUUCCAGGUUCCCCUGGCAACUACAGAAGGCUGUUUGGUUGCCAGCACCAACCGUGGUUGUCGAGCAAUUGCUCUGGGAGGUGGAGCCAGCAGUCGUAUCCUGGCUGACAGCAUGACUCGAGGACCCAUCGUGAGGCUGCCCUCUGCCUGCCAGGCUGCUGAGGUCAAGGCCUGGCUGGAAAGCACAGAUGGUUUUCAGGCCAUCAAAGAGGCUUUUGACAACACCAGCAGGUUUGCUCGGCUCCAGAAGCUGCUGGUUGGUCUGGCAGGGAGAAAUCUCUACAUCCGCUUCCAUUCCAAGACUGGAGAUGCCAUGGGGAUGAAUAUGAUCUCCAAGGGUACAGAACAGGCUCUGAGCAGACUGCAGCAACACUUCCCAGAGCUGCAGGUGGUGGCUGUCAGUGGAAACUACUGCACGGACAAGAAACCAGCUGCCAUAAACUGGAUCGAAGGCAGGGGCAAGUCUGCUGUUUGUGAAGCCACCAUCCCUGCUAAAGUGGUUAGAGAGGUUUUGAAAACAACAACAGAAGCCCUGGUGGAGGUGAACAUCGGUAAGAACCUGGUGGGCUCAGCCAUGGCGGGAAGCAUCGGUGGAUUUAACGCUCAUGCCGCCAACCUUGUGGCUGCCAUCUACAUAGCCUGUGGACAGGAUCCAGCCCAGUCAGUGGGCAGCAGUAACUGCAUCACCCUGAUGGAGGCAACAGGACCAACAGGGAAUGACUUGUACAUCAGCUGCACCAUGCCUUCUAUAGAGCUGGGAACUGUGGGAGGAGGCACCAACCUGCCCCCCCAGCAAGCCUGCCUUCGGAUGCUGGGUGUGCAGGGAGCCAAUCAGGACUGUCCAGGAGAGAACGCCCGGCAGCUGGCCAGGGUUGUGUGUGCCACUGUCCUGGCUGGAGAGCUCUCACUGAUGGCUGCUCUGGCUGCUGGACACCUGGUAAAGAGCCACAUGACACACAACAGAUCCAAGGUCAAUCUACAGGAAACUCCUGGAACAUGCAGCAGGAAAGCCUCCUGAGAGCCUGAGAGCAGUUUGGCCUCCUUCAGUGAGCCCAGGUCACCAGACAGAGCAGUAAAUCAAGGACAAUCUGACAGGACUAAUCAUUCAUCACUGAAAAACAUACAUCUUCCAAGUGAAGAGUAUAUCUGUGCUGGAAAUGGAAAAGGAUCCAAACAAGCUAAUCAGACUGUUCUGUGAGAGUGCAUUCAUUAUUUGUGUCUGGUUGUGUCUUAUAGAGCUGGCUAGAAGCAGUUAAUUACUGGCUUCUUUUAUAUGCACAGUUAAUAAUGCAGUGAGGUGUUUUGGAAAACAAACAGUUUGGGUUCAGAUGAAACAUUUCUGCUCUCCUGUUACCAAAUGGAGCAUUGUGAACACAGGCACCUAUAAGGUGAGGGUUUCUGAUUGUUGAAUGUAUGUGGCUGGGCAGGAAAACUGAAGAGGAAUACUGAGACUACAGAUUCUGCAUCAUUUGAUUUCUUGAUUGGGGUGGUGAAGCAGCCCACAAAGUUCAGCAGCACUGUGAAGCAGACUCGAGUCCUGGUUCGGCCACAAGAAGACAGAAAUGUUAACCAUGACAAACUUUGGUAAUUAGUACAUAUGUGUGAAUGACUGAAAGAUUCUCUGGAUCCAAAAGGCACUUUGAAAUUAGGACUGUGUCCUUCAAAAUGGAGGGAGGACAGAUAGAACAAGAUGACUGGCAUGAUGACUUCAUGUGCCUGUACUGCUAAUAGGACUAUGCAACAAAUUAUUAGCCAGUUCAUGCUGAGUAAUUACCAUAAAACAACAAAACCAAUAGGUCCAAUUAAACCAAAGGAAAUCACUUUAAAGAACUGUGUUUUACUUUAAAUUUGCUUGAGUCAGGUGCUGUCAUCCAUCACAUUGUGUCUUCUUUUAAUUAAGACAAAGUUAUGUUGCCACUGUGUGGUGAUGCAGAGACAGACUUUUCCAAUCAAAUUGCAUCAGAGUACACCAUUGAUGCUUAAAAAAAUGUAAUGCAUUUCAGAUGUGGUGUUGGUAAAAUGAUUUCACUUAUGAGUUUUCCUGAUGUACCAGCAGAUGGCAAAUAUUUUGGAUAUAUUUUGUAAUAAACAAAAUUAAAGGAUUUUAGUGUGA